UGCGAGUUCUGUUGCGAUAGACUCCAGCCGAGCCGCUGGAGUUGCGCUCAGUUGACGCCGUCUGCCCGAGACAGCAUCAUCGUCAAUUCCAUAUCUCAAUCUCUCAUUUGUUUUUGGUGAUACUCGUUUUUUUUUCUUUCUCAAAUCUACCUCGCAAGUCUAUUGGUCGUUUUUACGUGUUGCUUUGUGGUAGAAGAAGUCGUUGUUUGUAUUUUCACGGAACGGUCAUCGUUUGAAGUGUGGACAUUGUUGGUCCAGGCCACUUGAAAGAGGGGGAAAAAAGACAAACAGAGAAAGAGACAAACAUUCACUUACGCACGUCUCGUUUGCUAGUUGUUAUUGUUGUUGGCAGUGGCUAAAUCGCGUUUCAAAGACAAACAAUUCGAAAGCCGAUGGAAAUGCAGCACCCGUGGCUAUUACCGUUCCUUCAUCCGUUAACUACAGCGCCGCCCAUCCAGCUAACUCUCCCUCCGCCACCACAUCAACCUCAUCAUCAUCCCCAUCAUCAUCCGCAUCAACACCACCACCCCCAUCACCAUGUCCAGCAACAGCAGCCGCAGCAGCCUCAUCCGCACGUCCAUCAUGCUCAUCAUCACGCCGCCGCCCAUCAGCUGCCCUCGACGUCGAUGGGAUUGACCCUGCAGCCCAUGUUGACCCCGUCGGGGGCUCUCCUCUUGCCGGCCUUGCAGCAGAACGCUGCGGCCGCUGUGGCCGCUUUUGCCGCCGCGGCCCAUCAACUGGCCGCCCAUCAGCAAGGAUCCGCCGUGGCGGCUUACAGCGCCAUGGCCGCCACCAAUUCGCCCGUUCUUAUGGCUCCCUUUCAACCGCAACGUAGUCGACUCAAGGUUUCGGAGCGUGAGAAUCGGCCAGUGGAAGCGAACGGGAGCGCUGCAGCGGUGGCUGCCAUGAUAAGCGCGGGAGUCGUUUCCGAGGCCAAGAGAAAACAUCACGACGAUCAAGUGGAGCCUUUCAAAGAUGUUAAACGAGCUAAAAUCGAGACGAGGGCGCUGAAAGCUAAACGCCCCGGAUUCACCGACGAGCGCUACAGCGAAACGGAAUACUUUUUUGAAAAUGGUCUUCGCAAAGUCUACCCGUACUACUUUACGUUCACGACGUUCACCAAAGGUCGCUGGGUUGGAGAGAAGAUACUCGACGUCUUUGCCAGAGAGUUCAGAGCUCAUCCCGUCGAGGAAUAUGAGCGGUGCAUCAAGUCCGGAUCGCUGACGGUCAAUUAUGAAAAGGUGGAUAUUGAUUACCGACUGAAACACAACGAUCUGUUAGCCAACAUCGUGCACAGACACGAGAGGCCCGUGAUCGGGGAUGCGGUGAGCAUCGUCCACCUCGACGACGACUUGGUGGUCGUUCACAAGCCUCCCUCCGUCCCUGUUCAUCCGUGCGGUCGAUACCGUCACAAUGCGGUGGCUUUCAUCUUAGCCAAGGAACACAACUUGCGUAACUUGCGGACGAUCCAUCGGCUAGAUCGGCUCACGUCGGGACUGUUAAUGUUCGGCCGGAACCAGGAGAAAGCCCGACAGAUGGAAGUGCAGAUCCGCACGCGCCUCGUCUCCAAGGAGUACGUCUGCAGAGUUGGAGGCGAAUUCCCGAGUGGCCACAUCGUAUGCAUCGAACCGAUCGAGGUGGUCAGCUAUAAGAUCGGCGUUUGUCGCGUCUCCCCGAAAGGCAAGGACUGCCGGACAGAGUUCGAGCGGCUCUCCUACAAUGGCAAGACGAGCGUCGUUCUCUGCAAGCCCCACACUGGUCGGAUGCACCAGAUCAGAGUUCAUCUGCAGUACCUCGGAUAUCCGAUAGCAAACGAUCCGUUGUACAAUCAUGUUGUCUUCGGACCGGAGAAAGGCAAAGAUGGCAACAUUGGAAAGACGGAUGAAGAAUUGAUUCACGAUUUGAUCUCGAUCCAUAACGCGGAAAAUUGGCUCGGUGGUGAAGGCGAUGACUUUGCCCCCAAUUUCUUCAGCGGCGUCAUACCACCGGAAGCAACCGGUGUAGCAACUCCAUCCAGCAGCUCUGAAAGCGUCGGAAUGGCCAGCGGAGUCUCUAGUCGAAGCCAGACUCCUGACGCUACUAUCGUUUCUAAAGAGCCCCCAACGGCACCGGGGUCGAUUCCGGAAUCUAAAGUUGAAACGGAAACGGGAGCAACGGACAACCAGAGCAAUGCUGCGAUGCCAGCCGGCCCAGUUCUCAAUCAAGUUAGCGAGGAAGUCUUGCCGGUAUCGCCUUCAGCAACUGCGUCGGCAUCGGAGGGAAUCAUUAAUGAAACAUCAGCCAGCCCAGCGGUCAAUGAAGCCACCGAGAACGAUGCUAUCGCCGAUGAAGGCAUAGCCAAACCGGAAGAAAAUAGUCGGAACGAACGAAAUUCACCUGACGAUGCCACAAAAGCGAAUGACGAUUUCACUGAUAAUUACAAUUCAAGCAAAGUGACGUUCGACGAACAUUGUUUCGAAUGCAAGGUGCGCUUCCGUGAUCCAAAGCCUAAAGACUUGAUGAUGUUUCUCCACGCUUGGCGGUACACAGGCCCAGGUUGGUCGUAUGAAACUCAGUUGCCCAAAUGGGCGGAGGCCGAUUGGCAAAAUGAAGAAUAUUAGGGAAUAAUUACAAGGAGAAUCGCAUUGAUGAUUUUCCGUUCUGGUAACUUGUACCAAACUAGGCAAAUGAAAAAAAAAAAAAAAAAAAAAAAAAAAAAUUUAAUAAUGCAUUGAAGUGAAAUAAUUUAAGUUCACAGUGAAUAUGUUAUUCAACAUUGGUCAAACGAAAAUGAAUGACGGCAAAAUGUGCUUCGUACCAAACAGUGGGGCACUCACGUUCACGUUCGUAGUGAAGAUUAUCUGAUUGGCCAUCCAAGCGUCUCUUGUUUGUGUGUCAUUUGUGCCUUGUUUUCUUUUUUCGAGUCCAGUUUACAUCGUUGUCCUAUACCGGCUGAUUCAGUUGUGAACAUAUCAAGAGACAAUUGUUUUCAGUUUAUGUUCUCUUUUCGAUAUACGUGGAAAUACAUCCGACCCGGACUAGGCAUCCCGCCGAUAUUGUA